AAGUCAGCGCCAGUUCGGAAGCGGCUGUCGCUCGCAUGCACAACCUGCCGGCAGAGAAAGGUUAAAUGCGACGGUGGGCGCCCCUCGUGCCGUACGUGCGCAAAGUUCAACUGGCCGUGCGUCUACCAGCCGUCGAACCGCAAGCGCGGGCCGCGGCCC